UUCACUUGAACUCUACGAGGAUCUGGAACUUGGUACCAGCAGCAGCCUCUUGGGCCCAUCUGCCUCCUCCGAGAGUCCAGACCAAUUUGGGUGACAGACCACUUCUUUGGGGAAUUAAAAGCCACUGUCUUUGUCUUCCAAAUCUCUACAAAUCAGACCUGUAAAGGGAGCCCAUGAGGACCUGAGACAGCCUAAUUAGCUCAAUCAGACUGCCGCCAUCAUGCGUCGCAUGCACGCUCCUGGGAAGGGCCUGUCCCAGUCGGCUCUGCCCUACUGCCAUAGCAUCCCCACCUGGCUGAAGCUGACGUCUGACGACACGAAGAAGCAGGUCUACAAACUGGCCAAGAAGGGCCUGACUCCCUCACAAAUCGGUAUGAUCCUGAGAGAUUCACAUGGUGUUGCACAAGUAUGUUUUGUGACAGGCAAUAAAAUCUUGAGAAUUCUUAAGUCCAGAGAACUUGCUCCUGAUCUUCCUGAGGAUCUCUAUCAUUUAAUUGAGAAAGCUAUUGCUGUUCGAAAACAUCUGGAGAGAAACAGAAAGGAUAAAGAUGCUAAAUUCCGUCUGAUUCUGAUUGAGAGCCGUAAUCACUGGUUGGCUUGA